UCAGUAAACAAACAGCGAUAUUAGAAGUCGCCGAUAAAGAAUUACAUCAAACGUUAAUAACUAAAGAAAAUUUCCAUCUCGAAGGUUCAGACAUUUAUUGUAGAAACUGGGCUGAUUAAUUCUAAAAGCUCAGUAAAAUUUGAUCAAUCAUGGCUGAAAAAUUAUCAACAUCUGAAUUGGAGGAAAAAUUUUCUCGUGCAGCAAACCAUCUUCAGUCAAUGGUCUCCAAGUUAGAUUCAACGCAGCUUUUAGAAUUUUAUGGUUUAUACAAACAAGCAACUGUUGGACCUUGUAAUACUUCAAGACCUGGCUGGCUUCAAACUCAAGCGAAAUAUAAGUGGGACGCAUGGAAUGCUCUAGGAGAUUUAAGUAAAGAAGAUGCUAUGAUUAAUUAUAUUGAAAUAAUUACUAAGCUCGAUCCUAAUUGGGAACAAAACGCUCAAGUAGGUUCUAAAUCUUGGAUCGCAGUAAGUACCUUACCUAAUACAGACGUAAUGUUGUCGGAUAAAGAUAAAACAUUAUUAGAUUGGAUUAAAGAUGGCAAUGGAAAAAAAGUAGAGGAAAUGUUGACAAAAAAUUCAUUUACUGUAAAUGUUCCUGGAAAAGAUGGAAUGACACCGAUUCAUUGGGCUGCAGACCGUGGUUACGUAUCAAUUAUCAAGAGCUUGAUUGAACAUGGUGCUGAUAUAAAUGCACAAGAUGAUAGUGGACAGACUGCUCUCCAUUAUUCAGCAUCAUGCGGUCAUAAAGAGGCAGUAAAAUAUUUACUCUCAAUAGGAGCUAAACAAAUAGAAGAUAACGAUGGAUGCACUCCUAAAGAUGUUGCUGAUAAAGAUUUAAUAGCCAUGUUUUGAUCUGUAGUUUAUUAAUACUUGAGAUUUAUAAAUCUGUGUAUGGGAUUAAUAAAACAAGUGUGGGAUCUUAUAACAACAUGAA